CGAGGGCGAGACGAGGAUUGCUGUAGGGACCGGAGCUCGCCAGCGCUUUUUGUAGGGACUUUUUUUUUUUGGCAAAAAAAAAAAAAAAACUUAUUAUUUUGCAAUUAAUGCAAUGCUGUCUGCCAGAAGUGAGUGCCACCUGGCAACAGGACUGGUGCAGAGGAUCUGUUGCUGAAGAGGCGAGAGAGCCGGGAUCUGCUUGGCAGAGGGGCACCGGGGACACACCUGAGCGCAGGUGUGUGUGUAAGAGUCAUGUUUGUGGAUAGUGCUGAACAAAGACAAAUCUCAUCAGACGCUGGGAAGUCCCACCUCCUCCUCCUCUGUCAGUAAAACAGGACCGUGUAGGCCACCUUCAUCUCCACCAAACCACAAUGGGCCGGAAAAAGAUCCAGAUCAGUCGGAUUUCGGACCAAAGAAAUCGGCAGGUCACUUUCACCAAGAGGAAGUUCGGCCUCAUGAAAAAGGCUUACGAACUCAGCGUCCUGUGCGACUGUGAGAUCGCUCUCAUCAUUUUCAACAGCGCCAACCGACUCUUCCAGUAUGCUAGCACAGACAUGGACAAGGUCUUGCUGAAGUACACAGAGUACAGCGAGCCCCACGAAAGCCGGACCAACUCUGACAUCCUGCAGACCCUGAAACGAAAGGGCCUGGGCCUUGAAGGCACAGAUCUGGAGCUGGAAGAAGCUUUGGACCCUGCUGGGAAACUGAGACGGCUUGGUGAGGGAGUGGAUCUCACACUGGCUCCGCCAAAGCUUUGCCCAGCACCUUCCCUAUCCAACCUGGAAGGUGUAUCGAUGGGGACUCCCCCCUCUGUCAGUGAAGGUAGCACAAAGGGUACCCAGGAUUCCCCUCUUCAACAGAGCCAUUUGCAGCCCUUCAAGCCAUCCCUCUCCAAGCACGCUACUCCUCCGGGACGGUCUCCAGGGCCACUGGGACCAGGGAUCGGGUACUCUCUCUUCUCCCACGGUGGUGGCACCCUCGGCCGCAUGUUGUCGAGCAAAACUCCUCCUCCGCUGUACCUGGGGGCCACCCCCCGUCGAGUGGAAGGACACCUAUCCACCAGCAGGAACACCGUGCUGUCUGCCCGCUCAUUGUAUCCCGGCCCUCAGAGCAUGAAUCCCGUGUUGCCUGCCGGAAGUGCCUGUCUCCCGGGACAUCGAGUGCCAGGCUACUAUUCUCUCUCCUCUAGCCAAUCAGAGUAUAUCCCCAGCGACGGCACCUGCCAUCCCUUUGGCCUCCAGGCGAGAACAGUGGCCGCAUGGCAGCACCGAGAUAUGGCUGUCGCCGCUCACCCAGUGCUGGGAUCAAUGAGUCGAAUUGGUGAUCAGACUCCGGUGAUCUCUGGCUCGCCUCCCCUGCGUCCACCUGUCAGUGUCAAGUGUGAGCGGGCCUCUCCUACAGCUACAUGUGCUUCGACCAUUCCCCAGGCCCCUUCGGGUGCCCGUCCCUCCCUCACUGAUGCCCCUGUGGACUUCCACUCCCGGGAAGAUUACACCAAGGCUUACCAUUACUCUUUCCUUCUCUCCCACCCUCUGGCAGAUGAGCAGAGGCAUCCCAGCAUCCCUACACGUCACCCACAGCCUGCUACAGAGGAGUGGCAGAGAUAGUUGAGUGGUUAGCUUGUUCACACGUACAGAAGACACAAAGGAGGGAGUAUAUGCAUAAGUGGGCUUGUGUACUCACACAAGUAGACCUUGGUCACCUACAGAUCACAGUAGGGUCUUGGGCAUCCACGAGAGUUUUUCCAGGGGAGGGUGCAAAGUAAAACACUGAAGGGGGGGCAACAGGCUAGUUUGUUACAAAAAAUGUGACAAAUAGUGCCUGUGUCUUGUAUCCAACUGAAUUCUACAGUGAGUAGACUCAUUGAAAUUAAUGGAAAUAAGUAUGUCAUGUUCUUUAAUUUGCAAUUGGUUGUAUCCGAAGUAGGGAUGGGGUUCAGUAGCUGGUUCCUGUCCGUUUGAAUUCUGACUUUCAGUACCUAUCUGCCAUUUUGUUUGUUCCCAAUUGUUUGAUUCACAGGUUUUUUCCCAGCAAAAAAAACAAUGUAAUUACCAACAAAAAUGAAAAUGAAAAUGUGUAGCACUUGUUCCACUAAGUUAAGAAUGCAUCAGGUUAGAGGAAAACUGAUUAUGAAGACAGUAACGUAAAAUUUGGAGUGGAUUUUUUUUUAAAAAAAAACAAACUCUGCUGAUGACAGCUGCAGCUUGCCACAAGAAAUCAAUGCCAGUCCAAAAAAACAGUGGAUUGUCAGAUUAUGUCAAAAUCUGGUAAUAAAUCUGAUUUAGUGAAUAUUCUCCCCCAUACCUAAUCCAAUGUUAGUCCUACUCAGAGUAGGCCCAUUGAAAUUAAAGGACAUGACUAAUUUAGGUCCACUAGCUUCAGUGGGUUUACCCUGAGUAGUUGGAUACAACCUAGUGGGUUUACUCUGAGUUGGAUUACCGUUGGAUGCGACUGGACAUUUUGCCUCAUAUUUCUUGCUACAAAUGCUAGAAAUUUACCUCAUUUUUAAAAAUGAAAGUUGGGAAUCUGAGGGUUAGAGUUCAUCUGGGGAGGACAAAUGGCCUCCUCCCCAAGGAUGCCCAUAGGGGUGCAAAAGAGGGCAGAACUGCUCAACGGACAAUCUAAAUGCAGCAAGGAGAUUGGACAGAGAUUAUUGAUCCUCCCUCCCCCCAUUUCUCCCCUAAACCUCCAGAAGUUGGGGGGAGGGAAGUUGUCCCCCAAAAUAGAUCUGCAGCAGACAAAGAAAAGAAAAUUAUUUCUUUCCUGUUAUAUAACAUUUACGCAUGAACACCUGGUCACAAGCUCUGGUGAGGGCCCCCUACCUUAGAUGACUUUUAAAAAUAAAAAAAUGGAUGAGGCAAUGCUCAAAGAAGAAAGUCUGUCAUUGGUUACGUGCUCCAGCAGGUAAAUGGAACCUCCAUCUGCAGGGGCAGUAUACCUCUGGAUACUAGAUGGUGGGACAAAUGGCAGGGAUGGAGGCAAAAGGCGCCUGUAAGUUUUCGUACUUCUGAGAUAGGAAGGGUGAGAAUACCUGGGUGGCGGGAGGGAAAGGAUCAAGCCAGGGCCGAUUUGGAAAACUGCCAAGUCAGCUGAAAAAAUAAAAUAAACAGUGAAUGGAAAUGUCAACCUUGAAUGUAUUAGAUGUUUUGCAUUGGAAUUCAUGGAUGUAUUAAAUAAAAAAUGCCUCGUACUUUGUUGAGAAGCAGGUGAUAAAAAAAUA